GAUGAGCGUACUACUGCCCAACAUGGCGGACUUUGACACUAUCUAUGAGCUGGAGGAGGAGGAAGAGGAAGAAGAGGAGCAGGAGGAGUCCGAGCCGGUGGUGCGGAGCCAGGAGCUGCCCCGGCCCCGCGAUGCGCCGGAUCCCGUAGCGGUACGGGGCGCCGGGCACAUCACCGUGUUUGGCUUGAGCAACAAGUUUGAUACAGAAUUUCCUUCUGUUCUGACAGGGAAGGUUGCCCCAGAAGAAUUCAAGACCAGCAUCAGUUGUGUGAAUGCAUGUUUAAGAAAGAAUCUCCCCAUCAAUGUAAAAUGGCUGCUCUGUGGCUGUCUGUGCUGCUGCUGCACACUGGGCUGUAGCCUGUGGCCUGUAGUUUGUCUUAACAAAAGAACUAGAAGAUCAAUUCAGAAGUUAUUAGAAUGGGAAAAUAACAGACUAUAUCAUAAGCUGGGUUUGCACUGGAAGCUGAGUAAAAGGAAAUGUGAAACCAGCAACAUGAUGGAAUAUGUAAUAUUAAUAGAGUUCUUACCAAAAUAUCCCAUAUUUCGACCUGACUGAGGAACAUCAUUUGAUCUUUCAUGUUACCUGUCAUUUUCUACCCUUAGUGCCUUGUAGAUGAUUUUGGAAAGAAGAUGGUCUACUUUGCUGUGACUUAAUAUUCUUCAGUAGAGUAUCUUCCUCGCUAUGUUACUUUCUUUUGUUAAGAAGAUAAAAAUUUGCACUUUUUUUAUGUUAAACGAGGCUUCUAUGUUGCACUCUGAAUUUUUAACAUUACCAAUAAUAGAGUUGCCACUAGGGGUCUAACAUCAGUGCUGCUUAAACUUGUUCUGAGCAUGCUGCCUUAUAAUUUCUGUAUUUGCUGUCCUCAAACAUGCAUCCUAAUGCUGUGUCAUAAUCUUCUUUCAUUCUGAAUGUUGCAAUCCUAGAAACCCUCAGUAGAAAUGUCCAGGUAAGCACCCAGUAGUAAUGAUUUUAGUAUAACCUGCUUGCAUAGGACUCGCAAUCAACAGCACUGGUUUUGUCCUGCACUUUGCAAAAUCAUCAUCUACAUUAGGGGGUUAAUUCUUUUACCCACUAUGGAUUUGUAAAUAGUUACUCUUUGCAUAAUGUAAAGUGUGGUAUCCCAAGGUUUACAGAAUGUAAUAUAGCUCUUAUUCUAUUGCCAACAGUCCAGUGUAGUUUUACUCAUUACUCUUGCUCGUAUCCCUCUGGUUGUAUAGACCCACUCACGUGCUUUUUUUUAUGGUAAAGCCAUAAGGAGUUUGUACAUAUUAUCAGAUGUGUAGGGCUCAGUUGCACUUUGUUUAGUAAAUGGAUGAAAAAUGCAUAGCAUUUCUGUCUUUUAUUUCAUGUUUUAAAGGAUUUCAGGUGGUGUUUGUAGCACCUGAAACAGGAAGCUUGAAUAUUGUUCACCUUUGGAAGAGCUGCAUUUGUGGGGUAGAUGGUGGCUGCUAAAUAUCCUAAAGCCCCUUUAAUUUAGAAAUAUAUGAAUGUCAAGUUUUGUUCUGUUUUGUUUAGAAGUGAGGAAAAAACGAAGUUUCAUAAUUGGAGAUCUUCAUUGCUAAGGAAAAACAUUUGGAACAGCCAAAUCAAAGCUGAAGUAACACUUUUGGUGUUUUCGUAGCUCUGAUAGUGCUUCAGCACUUGAGUGACAUGGCUUCCUUUUCAGUGGAAAUAGAUCUUAUCUAAAUGAGUAGCUGCCCAUCAAAUAUACUGAUGGAAGGAAGUGGAUCAGUUGGGAGGGUUCAUGCAUAUGUUUUCGUAUUCAGGCACAGUUUGAAGAGCCACAAGUGCCUUGUGGAAUUCAUAAAUAUUUUUGGAUUCUUCCCUGUUUGCCUGAUCUCAGGCAGGGAAGUAAUUGUAGAGAAGCUUCCUGUAAUGGUUGGCCUAAGCAAGACCACUUGGUAAUAGUAAGGAAAUGAAAAUUGAUGCAAGUUCCCUCCCUUUCCUAAAUUGAAAUAAGAAAUCCAACAAAACCCAGCAGAUGAGUAUCUGCACAUUGUGAUGAGUAUCUUCACAAUAGUCCAGGCAUUUCUUUGCAGCAGCUUGACUCCUCACCAUAUCAUCCCAAACUGCUUUUUAGUUUCAGGGUUACUUGGGAUUUCCUCUGAAUGUAUUUGCAACUUUUCCAGUAUGCAAUACUGUAUUAAAAUACAGUAUUUGUAAGAACUUUGCAUUCUAAUGACUGUCAUAGGGCAGACUUCUUGUACACAGUGUUUACAAGAGGCCAGUUUUAUGCAAGUUGUUACUUCAUAUCAAAUCCUGUGCUGUUCUUAUGUGCAGCUGAGGAGUGUCAGGCUCCAGCACUUGCAGUAGCUUCCAGUCACAGACUGAUGGUUCAGAUUCUGCAAUUUGUACACUUGCUGCAGCAGUUUCAUUUGACUGGCAGGUUGGUGACAGCUGUGUAAUUGCAUUUGUAACAUAAUGAAUGAAAAGCUGGUGUUUGAAUUUACUGUUAGCUACACCUCACAACUCAGAUUCCUAUCUCAGAACCAAGCAACGUUCUCUCCAAUUUCUUUUUUUUUAGGAUGAGUUGUUAACUGGAAGCUAAAUGUCAGGAGAAUGCCAUAUAAACCAAAACUGAAACAGCACACCCAGUUCUGUGUAUUUCCCUUACAAAAGUUUCUGGAGUAAGUGAUGGGAGCUUAGCUUCAUUAGCUGAACAGUGGAAGUUUCUUACUAUUAUGCCAGAACUUUGUUAUUUGCCUUUUGUGUGUAAGAAACUCAAGAAUUCUCAGGAGGUUCUUUAUGUAACUCUGUUUCAAAAUGUUCUUUUCCAACUGAGAGACCAGGCAAGCAGAAUAAGAGCUCUAAUAAUUGCCAGUGGUGAAUGCUGAGUGGUCUUCAGUCUUGCUGCUAACAGAAUCCCCUUCAGUCGGUGCUGACUUCACCAUAUUCAGAACUACUCAGCCUGAUUUGUCUUGUUUCUGUGAAGUGUUGUGCCAAGCUGAGGGAAUACCCUGAGCUACAGGAGCCCCUGGUCCCUCUGGGCUCUGCCCUGGCUACCCAAUGCUGUGAUAUGACUAGAGACCCAAGGCAGGACAAGGUGAUGGCUCAGCUUCCCCACCUGCAUCCCUUUGUCCCUGUCCAGUGGGCCCAGCCAUGUACUGCUCUGUCCACAGCAGGUUGUCUGUCAUUGGGUCUCUCCAGGGCACCACAAGGUGCUUAAGCACAGAAUGUUAGUUUUUAAAGUUUACAUUUCAAGUAUGUAAAUUCUGUAUGUUGUAUUUUAUUCUUAAUUGUUAACUGCAUAGUCUUCAAACAAUGAAAGGGUCUCUUCUUUAUGUUUUAAUAGACAUGUAAAUAUGUGGCCAUAAAGCAGCUGGUAAAGAAUAUGAGAGCUGAAACUGCCAUUUACAGUAAGCUCCAUGUUUUAGUAAGCAGAUAAAUUUGCAUUAAAAUGCAAAUUCAGCACACAGUAUUAUAUUUGCAUCUGAAAGACACACGUUCCAUAGCUCAUUUAAAAAGGAAGGCAGUUGUAAGUACUGCUGUGAACUCUGCACUUCUGCUCUGCCUACAGGGUCCUUUUUGCCUGGGCUAUCCUCAGCUUUGAAAAAUCAGCAGGUAAUUCUGUCUGACAAGACAGAAAAGCUCAUUGUUGACCAUAAGAAGUCAGCAUGAAUUGGUAAAUGUCUUUAUGAAGGAUGCUUUUUCAUUGGGGAAAGAAUCUGUGGCAACGUUAAGAUAUCAGUAUUAGUAAAGUGUAAUGGAAAUGAUAAAGAAAGUGCCUUGACUGGUUCCAGCAAAAGAGAACACAAUGUGCAGGGAGUAAGGAGAAAAGGGAACUAGUGUAACUAUCAGUAGUGUGAGUUUGCAGUGGAUUUUUAAAAGCAGUCACUGUCUACCAAAUCAAUGUUCAGUUUUUCAUAUCAACAUUCAGACACUAACUUUCCUUUCUGGAUUUUAUCUAGGAAAUAUUUGGGUUUGUAUCUAGUAAGUUUUGUAUCUAAAGAGUACUGAAGUAUUUAAGAACACUGGCAGAGCAUCAAAGGUGCUACCUGCUGAUUGCCCACCUACAUCUGUGAACUUGUUUUACCAUAGGAGGGAAAAAAAGUGUCCCAGGACGUAGAGAGACAGGUCUAGGAAGUGGGUUCAGAUGGGUGGCUUUAAAACAGAACACUUUUACUGAUGUGGUCUUGAUAAAUUAAAGUUUCUAUGCUUUCCUUGACAGGUACAAAACUCCACAUGCAAACCCAUAAGUAUGUUUAUGAUUGUCUCACUAUGACAGUUCACUACAUUUACUUGUUAAAAUGCUACCAUUGGAGCAAUAAAAAUGUCAAGUUAUUACUAUUCAAUGUAAAUUACUUAUCAUUUUAGUAAGCAAUGUUAUGUGAUUCUUCUGCCUUUUUUGUGUUCUGCUUUUGGUGUUCUUACGGUCUUGAAACAUGACUUGUACUGCUUCAAAAAAGUGGUUUUGUUUAAGCUGUAUGAAACUUUGUUCACUACAUUUUAAUCUUGUUUACAAGUAAACAGCCACUUUUGUAAUAGGACCUCACACUCGGACCACAUCUUGAGAAUUUUCUCAUUUUCUUUUCUUCCCUUUUUUAAAAUUAAAAUAAAACUCUGAGCUCGCUUUCUACAACUCACUGCACUGGCUUGUGCCAUUACAAGAAGCUGGAAGUCAGAUGUGCUUAAUCACUUUGAGAUGUUUUUCUUUAAUUAAAUUUCAAGAUGAAAACCUUGGA